AUGGCUUCCAGGGGCCAGUUUGGAUUUGGCAGUUUUGUACCGCCAAAUGAUACAUUCAGCUUAACGAAAACAGGGCUUAAACUGAAGGUCCCCAGAGAACCUCCAGGAGGCACUUACCUGGAAUCUAAAUCAGUGCUGCGCUUUGGUAGUACCAUGACAACAUCUGCUGACCUCUCCAAUCUAAAAGGUCAACUUCAUGUCAGAGCUAAAGGUCAUGACAAGUGUCCCAGCCACAGGAAAAACCAAGUGGUAUUUUUAUGUCAGGACUGUGACACCCUGAUUUGUACUACCUGUUCUACUACAACACAUAAAACUCAUAAUGACAGUUUCGUCGAAAUUUCAGAAACUACUCAACAGAACAAAAGUAAAGUUCGAGACUUUGUUUCUGAAAAUGAGGACACAAGAAUUCCGAAACUUCAUGUGGAAAAGAAAUCAGCCGAGGAACGUCUUUCAACUUUAAAAUCUAAAUACAAAAACAUUCGUGAUAAAAUGAAAUUAGAACGAGAUCAAUGUAAAGAUUUAUUAGAUAGAAUAACAGAAGAUUACCUAACAUCAUGUGACAAGAUGGAGGACGCAGAAACAGAGUUACAUACGUCACACAUCACAGACCUUGACGAGAGGAUAGACACUUUCGCAAAACUUUCAUCAGAGUGUAAGCAGACCCUCCAGACAGGAACUGAUGUACUAGUGUAUGACUCGGCAACAGAAGUUCAGGACAUGGACAUCAACAUCCCACGGAUACCCGACACAGGUGUGAUCGAGUUUACUCCAAGUAAGGACAAGCUAGGUCACCUGAAGCAGGCCAUGGGGGUGAUAGAGACAUCUACUGACCAUUUCCGGGCAUACUUUAAACGGUGUAAUAAUCCAACGAUUAUAUCAAAGUUCUCAUACAGGGAUAAGAUCUCAUCAGUCUGUCCUAUAACGGAGGGACGUGCCUGGCUGUGUGAUUUUGACACCAAAACAUUAAACCUCAUCAACAACAAAGGUAAAGUCCUACAGCAGAUACAACACAACAGUAACAUCAGAGACGUCAGUCUAGAUCCCAGCAGUGGUCGUCUGUGGUUCUGUUGUAGAGAGGAGAGGACUAUCUAUGAAGUAUCUACAUCAUCUACGCCUGUCAGAAGAUUUACUACAGAGUAUUACCCACACAGCCUGUGUGUGACCAGGGAGGGACGGGUUGUGGUGGGUACAGGGGGAAGACAGGGGUACAAGGUAGUGAUGCACACAGCAGAUGGUCAGGUGUUACACACAGUCACUAUAGAUAGGUCAGGUGCGGGUUGGGUACGAUCCACUACACAGUGUUCUGUUACAGGUAACAUAUGUGUAGUAAGCAAUAAGCUAAUCAGCGGAGAUGACCACGACAUAGACACCUUCAGUCGUCACGUAAUUGUUUAUAACCAAACACUCAAGCCUCUGGUCCACUACCGUGGGGAGGGGAUACAGGCACAGGAGGCGGUCACACCUGAAAAGUUUGAUCCGAUAAAAGCUGUUUAUGACAGUAAGGGUAAUAUUGUUAUUCCUGACUGGAAAACGAAAACAAUAGAACUAAUAACUGGAGAUGGGAAGUACAUAAAAACACUCCACACAAACAAAGGACGACAAGGAGUAGUAGGUAUACAGAGGGAUGAUGUGUUGUGGUCACGCGUAGUGUUAGAUACUGGAGAGUGGGGACUCAAACUCCUCAAGUAUGAUAGUGACUGA